AUGCGAUGCAUGCUUUAUGUGGAAAUAGAUGAGGUACGAGUGAAAGGUGAAUGUGAACAAAAUGUUGAAGAAGAACCUAUAAUUCUUGCUGGUGAAAGUGGUGUUGGAGGUAGUAGAAAGCGAGAUGGGAUAGAUUAUGAUGAUUGUGUUAUGUUGAGCCCUAAUUUUAAGAGUAAAGUUGGGAGUAAUAAUGUGGCAGAGGUUAUACAUCUUUCUGACAGUGAACAUUCUAGUGGCCUUAGGGAUGUUAUAGUGACUGAAUGUGAUGGGGAUCGUGCUGAUGGUGGUGAUGAUUUGGCCAUUGAGAUAGUAGCAGACUCUCGGUAUUCGAAUUCUGUAUUUAGUUUCAGUGAUGGUUUAAAUAUCACAAUUGACCAUGAGUUUGACAAUAAGGAAGCAGCACAAGAAUUUGUUCGUAAGGGUGCAGCUAUGGGUCGUUUUCGUUACAGUACACUGAAGUCCGAUAAAAAGUUGUGGGAAAUAAGAUGCAAAUUUGCUGAAACGGGCUGUAAUUGGAAGUUGCGGACGACAUUGAUUUUAAACUCGGAGCGUUGGAGUGUAAGAAAACACAAUUCCAUGCAUAGCUACAAACCCGUAUCUGAAACAAGCGAAGCUUUGAGGGGUACAAAGAAAUUGGUUCGGGAUUAUUUGAAGGAAGAAUUUCCCGGUAAACUUGAUAGUACGCCUUCAGCCCAUGAAAUUGUAGAUAGGGUAAAAGCCAAGUACGGUACAACCGUAACAUAUUUGACGGCAUUACGAGACAAACACAAAGCUGAAAGUGAGAUUCGAGGUGAUCAUGCUGAGCAUUUCAGAAAACUUCCUGGGUGGUUGCACAUGUUGCAAAAGAGAAAUCUCGGAACGAUUGUCGGUCUUGAGUUGGACAAAGAUGGCAAAAGUUUCAAAUAUCUCUUCUUCGCAUUGGGUGCAGCGGUAAGAGGAUGGAAUUACAUGCGUAAAGUGGUUGCAAUUGAUGCAACAUUUCUCACUGGACAAUACAAGGGUACAUUGGUCGUUGCGACGGCACAAGACGGUGACCACCACCUAUAUCCGUUAGCCUGGGGGGUUAUUGACAGAGAAAAAGAUGCAUCAUGGAGGUGGUUUAUGAAAAUGUUAAUAAAGGCAAUCCUAGAUGGACCUGAUGUUGUCGUGAUUUCUGAUCGACAUAGGAGUAUAAUAAAGGCCGUCAGCGAAGUGUACAAAGAAGCAGGGCACGGAUUUUGUGCGAGACAUAUAGCACAAAAUUUGAAAGUCAAGGUUAACAAAGGCAUGGGAAGAAAAAGUUCGAGAGGUGAUACCAUUGCCGAACGGUUCUUCAAAUGCGCGGAAGCUUAUACGUUGAACGAAUUUGAAGACCUGUUUAAUGAUAUGAAGGACAGGUAUCCCAAAGUUGCGGAGUAUAUGCAGAAAGAAGAACUUGAUCCCGAGAAAUGGGCAAGGUGUAAAUUUAAGCGUCAAAGGUAUAAUUUAUUGACAACAAAUGCGGCGGAAUCAAUAAAUUCUGUAAUGAAGAAGGCCAAAAGGUUUCCGGUGCUGGGCCUUCUGGAUAUGUGUAUCUCCAAGACCGUGGAAUGGUUCGAUAGAUAUAGAGUUGAAGCAGGAUGUGCCAAUGAUUCAGAAAAAAUGACACCGCAUGUUGUACAAUAA